AUGAGUUCACUGAAGCUGCAGAAGCGUCUGGCUUCUGCAGUCCUGAAAUGUGGGAAGAAGAAAGUAUGGCUAGAUCCCAAUGAAAUCAAUGAGAUUGCCAAUGCCAACUCUCGUCAGAAUAUCCGGAAGUUGAUCAAGGAUGGUUUGAUCAUCAAGAAGCCUGUAGCAGUUCAUUCAAGAGCUCGUGUGAGGAAGAAUACAGAGGCAAGACGUAAAGGAAGACACUGUGGCCAUGGGAAGAGAAAAGGUACAGCCAAUGCUCGAAUGCCACAGAAGUUACUUUGGAUUCGGCGUAUGCGAGUUCUCCGAAGGCUGUUGAAGAGGUAUAGGGAAGCAAAGAAGAUCGACCGUCAUCUCUAUCAUUCCCUCUACAUGAAGGUCAAGGGUAAUGUCUUCAAGAACAAGAGGGUAUUGAUGGAGUUCAUCCACAAGAAGAAGGCAGAAAGGGCAAGAUCUAAGAUGUUGAGUGAUCAGGCUGAGGCCCGCCGGCAGAAGGUGAAAGAGUCUAGGCGCCGCCGGGAAGAGCGACUCCAGCAGAAAAAGCAAGAUUUGCUGCAGAUUGUGGGUGAAGACAAGAAAUAA